AUGAUGCAGGCGCUGCUGCACCCAGGCGACACAGUGAACAAUUCUGACGGAGGCAGCAGAAAGGGGUGUGCUGUACCUGAUGGCUUGGGUGGAAAGGAUCCACUGAGCUGCCUCACGCGUGAGUUGGUGCCGUAUGCAUCUCAUUAUUGCGAAGAGAAUGUGUACAAACUCACAGAGAAGCUUUACGCAGAUUGCGGGCUGCCUGGAGAUGAUGUCUUUGUGGUUUUUGUGAGCAACACGAGCAAACAGGUGCCUAUUUGGAUGCAGCGCUUGAGUGGCGGUGACGCGGACAACCCGGUGGUGUGGGACUACCAUGUCUUUGCUUUCGUUGCCACUGCAAUAACAACAACAACAACGAUACACAAUGGAUGGGUGUAUGAUUCUGACACUCUCCUGCCGUACCCGUGCCCGGCGAAACAAUAUGUGCUGGAAUCAUUCCGCCCGCAGGUGCUGCUGCGCGACAAGUACCAGCAGAUGUUUCGCGUCGUCCCGGGCAGGAUGUUUUUGGCGCACUUCUCCUCUGACCGCUCACACAUGAAAGAUGUAACAUCGGGGGGCGGAAGUUUGCCGCCCCCGCCGUGGCCGCCGAUUCGCGGUGCACAGGCCGCCAGCGCCAUGGAGUUGCCGAAGUAUUGGCGCAUGGACGUGGGUGACGCGUCUGAGACAGCGGUGGAUAGUAUUGGAACUGUGAUGGAUCUUGUGGCAUUUGCGGCCUUCGUAGGCGCCAAGUGA